AAAGAGUCUAAAAUCAGAACUUUGGCUCUGUUCGUUCGGGCGUUUUCUCUCCAGCGCGCCGCGCCCUCGCUUCCUGCUGGGGAGGGGCGGCCAGGCUUCGCGGGCGUGCGAGCAUCGAGAGCUGAAAGCCAGAGCAGCUUCCUGCGGUCUCGGCGACCAUAGAGCGCGGACCCAGGGCGCCGCCGGCGGGUGGGGGAAACGUCUCCAGGACGGAAGCGAACCGAGAGUGUCGAAAGGGAGGGCGAGGCCGGAUCCCCGCGAGCGACCGGGAGAACAAGCAGGGUAGCGGGCCGGCGGGCGGGGCGCAGAGCCGGGCAGCGCAGGUAUAACCAGGCUGAAGAGCAGAAGCCGCCGCCAUGGUUGCGCUUUCGCUGAAGAUCAGCAUUGGGAAUGUCGUGAAGACAAUGCAGUUUGAGCCAUCCACCAUGGUGUAUGACGCCUGCCGCAUAAUUCGGGAGCGGAUCCCAGAGGCCGUGGCUGGCCCUCCCAGCGACUUUGGACUAUUUCUGUCAGAUGAUGACCCCAAAAAAGGUAUAUGGCUAGAGGCUGGGAAAGCCCUGGACUACUACAUGCUCCGAAAUGGGGACACCAUGGAGUACAGAAAAAAACAGAGACCCCUGAAGAUCCGCAUGUUAGAUGGAACCGUGAAGACAAUCAUGGUGGACGACUCCAAGACGGUCACUGACAUGCUCAUGACUAUCUGUGCCCGAAUUGGCAUUACCAACCAUGAUGAAUAUUCACUGGUUCGAGAGCUGAUGGAAGAAAAGAAGGACGAGGGGACAGGGACCCUAAGAAAAGACAAGACCCUGUUGCGAGAUGAAAAGAAGAUGGAAAAACUAAAGCAGAAACUGCACACAGAUGACGAGCUGAACUGGCUGGACCAUGGGCGGACACUGAGGGAACAGGGAGUAGAAGAACAUGAGACACUGCUGCUGCGGAGAAAGUUCUUCUACUCAGACCAGAAUGUGGAUUCCCGGGACCCUGUGCAGCUGAACCUCCUUUAUGUGCAGGCACGAGAUGACAUCCUAAAUGGCUCCCACCCUGUCUCCUUUGACAAGGCCUGUGAGUUUGCAGGCUUCCAAUGCCAGAUCCAGUUUGGACCUCACAGUGAGCAGAAGCACAAGCCUGGCUUCCUUGACCUGAAGGACUUCCUGCCCAAGGAGUAUGUGAAGCAGAAGGGAGAGCGUAAGAUCUUCCAGGCACACAAGAACUGUGGGCCGAUGAGUGAGAUUGAGGCCAAGGUGCGCUACGUGAAGCUGGCCCGUUCCCUCAAGACUUAUGGCGUCUCCUUCUUCCUAGUCAAGGAAAAGAUGAAGGGGAAGAAUAAGCUAGUGCCCAGGCUGUUGGGCAUCACCAAGGAGUGUGUGAUGCGUGUGGAUGAGAAGACCAAGGAGGUGAUCCAGGAAUGGAGCCUCACCAACAUCAAACGCUGGGCUGCUUCUCCCAAGAGCUUUACUCUGGACUUUGGAGACUACCAGGAUGGCUACUACUCAGUGCAGACGACUGAGGGCGAGCAGAUCGCACAGCUCAUUGCCGGCUACAUUGACAUCAUCCUUAAAAAGAAAAAAAGCAAGGACCACUUUGGGCUGGAGGGAGAAGAAGAAUCUACUAUGUUGGAGGACUCCGUGUCUCCUAAAAAGUCCACGGUCCUGCAGCAGCAGUAUAACCGAGUGGGGAAGGUGGAGCACGGCUCUGUGGCUCUGCCCGCCAUCAUGCGCUCCGGGGCCUCUGGGCCUGAGAACUUCCAAGUGGGCAGCAUGCCACCUGCCCAGCAACAGAUUACCAGUGGCCAGAUGCACCGAGGACACAUGCCGCCCUUGACUUCAGCCCAGCAGGCGCUCACUGGAACCAUUAACUCCAGCAUGCAGGCUGUGCAGGCCGCCCAGGCUACUCUGGAUGACUUUGAUACUCUGCCCCCUCUUGGCCAGGAUGCUGCCUCCAAAGCUUGGCGUAAGAACAAGAUGGACGAAUCAAAGCAUGAGAUCCACUCCCAGGUGGACGCCAUCACAGCUGGCACUGCCUCCGUGGUGAACCUGACAGCAGGAGACCCUGCGGAGACAGACUAUACUGCGGUGGGCUGUGCAGUCACCACGAUCUCCUCCAACCUGACGGAAAUGUCCCGUGGGGUGAAGUUGUUGGCUGCCCUGCUGGAGGACGAAGGCGGCAAUGGCCGACCCCUUCUGCAGGCAGCAAAGGGCCUUGCAGGGGCCGUGUCAGAGCUGCUCCGUAGCGCUCAACCAGCCAGUGCUGAGCCCCGUCAGAACCUGCUGCAGGCAGCUGGGAACGUGGGCCAGGCCAGUGGGGAGCUGCUGCAGCAAAUCGGGGAAAGUGACACUGACCCCCACUUCCAGGAUGUUCUAAUGCAACUAGCAAAGGCAGUGGCGAGUGCCGCAGCUGCUCUGGUCCUCAAGGCCAAGAGUGUAGCCCAGCGCACAGAAGAUUCGGGGCUUCAGACCCAGGUUAUUGCUGCAGCUACACAGUGUGCCCUGUCCACUUCUCAACUGGUGGCCUGUACCAAGGUGGUAGCGCCUACAAUUAGCUCACCUGUCUGCCAAGAACAGCUGGUAGAGGCAGGGCGACUGGUGGCCAAGGCUGUGGAGGGCUGUGUGUCUGCCUCCCAAGCAGCUACAGAAGAUGGACAGCUGUUGAGAGGGGUGGGAGCAGCAGCCACCGCUGUCACCCAGGCCCUCAACGAGCUGCUGCAGCACGUGAAGGCCCACGCCACAGGGGCCGGGCCCGCUGGCAGAUACGACCAAGCCACUGACACCAUCCUCACUGUCACUGAGAAUAUCUUCAGCUCCAUGGGCGAUGCUGGGGAGAUGGUGCGACAGGCUCGCAUCCUGGCCCAAGCCACCUCAGACCUGGUCAAUGCCAUCAAGGCCGAUGCCGAGGGGGAGAGUGACCUGGAAAAUUCCCGGAAGCUCCUGAGCGCUGCCAAGAUCCUUGCCGACGCAACCGCCAAGAUGGUGGAGGCCGCCAAGGGAGCAGCUGCCCACCCUGACAGUGAGGAGCAGCAGCAGCGACUGCGGGAAGCAGCUGAGGGCCUUCGCAUGGCCACCAAUGCGGCCGCGCAGAACGCCAUCAAGAAGAAGUUGGUGCAACGCCUGGAGCAUGCAGCCAAACAAGCUGCAGCCUCUGCUACGCAGACCAUCGCUGCAGCCCAGCACGCAGCCUCUGCCCCCAAGGCUUCUGCGGGCCCCCAGCCCCUACUGGUGCAGAGCUGUAAGGCCGUGGCAGAGCAGAUUCCAUUGCUGGUUCAGGGGGUCCGAGGAAGCCAAGCUCAACCUGACAGCCCUAGUGCUCAGCUCGCUCUCAUUGCUGCCAGCCAGAGUUUCCUGCAGCCAGGUGGGAAGAUGGUGGCUGCCGCGAAAGCCUCAGUGCCGACGAUUCAGGACCAGGCUUCCGCCAUGCAGCUGAGCCAGUGCGCAAAGAACCUGGGCACUGCCCUGGCAGAGCUCCGCACCGCUGCCCAGAAGGCCCAGGAGGCAUGCGGACCUCUGGAGAUGGACUCUGCACUGAGUGUCGUACAGAAUCUAGAGAAAGACCUGCAGGAAGUAAAGGCAGCAGCUCGGGACGGCAAGCUUAAACCCCUGCCUGGGGAAACAAUGGAGAAGUGUGCCCAAGAUCUUGGCAACAGCACCAAAGCAGUGAGCUCUGCCAUCGCCAAGCUGCUGGGGGAGGUUGCCCAGGGCAAUGAGAACUAUGCAGGUAUUGCAGCUCGAGACGUGGCAGGUGGACUGCGGUCACUCGCCCAGGCUGCUCGGGGCGUAGCUGCGUUAACGUCAGAUCCUGCAGUGCAGGCCAUUGUGCUUGACACAGCCAGUGAUGUUCUGGACAAGGCCAGCAGCCUCAUUGAGGAGGCAAAGAAAGCAGCUGGCCAUCCAGGGGACCCAGAGAGCCAGCAGAGGCUUGCUCAGGUGGCUAAAGCAGUGACCCAGGCACUGAACCGCUGUGUCAGCUGCCUGCCUGGCCAAAGAGACGUGGAUAAUGCCCUAAGAGCGGUUGGAGAUGCCAGCAAGCGACUCCUGAGUGACUCGCUUCCUCCCAGCACUGGGACGUUUCAAGAAGCUCAGAGCCGGUUGAAUGAAGCUGCUGCUGGAUUAAAUCAGGCAGCCACAGAGCUGGUGCAGGCCUCCCGGGGAACUCCUCAGGACCUGGCUCGGGCCUCCGGUCGAUUUGGACAGGACUUCAGCACCUUCCUGGAAGCUGGUGUGGAGAUGGCAGGACAGGCCCCGAGCCAGGAGGACCGCGCCCAGGUGGUGUCCAACUUGAAGGGCAUCUCCAUGUCUUCAAGCAAACUUCUUCUGGCUGCUAAGGCCCUGUCCACGGACCCUGCUGCCCCCACCCUCAAGAGUCAGCUAGCUGCAGCUGCUCGGGCAGUGACAGACAGCAUCAACCAGCUCAUCACCAUGUGCACCCAGCAGGCACCUGGCCAGAAGGAGUGUGACAAUGCACUUCGGGAGCUAGAGACGGUCCGAGAACUCCUGGAGAACCCCGUCCAACCCAUUAACGACAUGUCUUACUUUGGUUGUUUGGACAGUGUCAUGGAGAACUCAAAGGUCCUAGGUGAGGCCAUGACUGGCAUCUCCCAAAAUGCCAAGAAUGGAAAUCUGCCAGAGUUCGGAGACGCCAUUGCAACAGCCUCCAAGGCUCUCUGUGGCUUCACUGAGGCAGCUGCACAGGCUGCAUAUCUGGUGGGUGUCUCUGACCCCAACAGCCAAGCUGGACAGCAAGGACUGGUGGAACCCACCCAGUUUGCCCGUGCAAACCAGGCAAUUCAGAUGGCCUGUCAGAGUUUGGGGGAACCUGGCUGUACCCAGGCCCAGGUAUUAUCUGCAGCCACUAUUGUGGCCAAGCACACUUCUGCGCUGUGUAACAGCUGCCGCCUAGCUUCUGCCCGGACCGCCAACCCUACUGCCAAGCGCCAGUUUGUACAGUCAGCCAAGGAGGUGGCCAACAGUACAGCCAACCUCGUCAAGACCAUCAAGGCACUAGAUGGGGCCUUCACAGAGGAGAACCGUGCCCAGUGCCGGGCAGCUACAGCCCCUCUGCUGGAAGCUGUAGAUAAUCUGAGCGCAUUUGCAUCCAACCCUGAAUUCUCCAGCGUCCCUGCCCAGAUCAGCCCUGAGGGCCGAGCCGCCAUGGAGCCUAUUGUAAUCUCUGCUAAAACAAUGCUAGAGAGUGCCGGGGGGCUCAUCCAGACAGCUCGGGCUCUGGCAGUCAACCCCCGCGACCCCCCACGCUGGUCAGUGCUGGCUGGCCACUCGCGCACUGUCUCAGAUUCCAUCAAGAAGCUGAUUACCAGCAUGAGAGACAAAGCCCCGGGGCAGUUAGAGUGUGAGAUGGCCAUUGCAGCGCUGAAUAGCUGCCUACGUGACCUCGACCAGGCGUCUCUUGCUGCUGUCAGCCAGCAGCUCGCUCCUCGUGAGGGGAUCUCUCAGGAGGCUUUGCACACUCAGAUGCUCACUGCAGUCCAGGAAAUUUCCCAUCUCAUCGAGCCGUUGGCCACUGCUGCCCGGGCCGAAGCCUCCCAGCUGGGACACAAGGUGUCCCAGAUGGCUCAGUACUUUGAACCACUCACCCUGGCUGCAGUGGGUGCUGCUUCGAAGACCCUGAGCCACCCACAGCAGAUGGCACUUCUGGACCAGACGAAAACAUUGGCCGAGUCUGCCUUGCAGUUGCUGUACACUGCCAAGGAGGCUGGUGGUAACCCCAAGCAAGCAGCACACACCCAGGAGGCCCUGGAGGAGGCUGUGCAGAUGAUGACAGAGGCUGUGGACGACCUGACAACAACACUCAACGAAGCAGCCAGCGCUGCAGGAGUCGUCGGUGGCAUGGUGGACUCCAUCACGCAGGCCAUCAACCAGCUAGAUGAAGGACCUAUGGGUGAACCAGAAGGUUCGUUCGUAGAUUACCAGACAACCAUGGUGAGGACAGCCAAGGCCAUUGCUGUCACUGUUCAAGAGAUGGUAACAAAGUCAAACACCAGCCCCGAGGAGCUGGGCCCCCUUGCCAACCAGCUGACCAGUGACUAUGGCCGACUGGCCUCGCAAGCCAAGCCUGCAGCUGUGGCUGCUGAAAAUGAAGAGAUAGGUGCCCAUAUCAAGCACCGAGUACAGGAGUUGGGCCAUGGCUGUUCUGCUCUGGUCACUAAGGCAGGUGCCCUGCAGUGUAGCCCCAGUGAUGUCUACACCAAGAAGGAGCUCAUAGAGUGUGCGCGGAGAGUAUCCGAGAAGGUCUCCCAUGUCCUGGCUGCACUCCAGGCUGGGAAUCGUGGUACCCAGGCCUGCAUCACAGCAGCCAGUGCUGUGUCUGGCAUCAUUGCUGACCUUGACACCACCAUCAUGUUUGCUACUGCCGGCACACUUAACCGUGAGGGCGCUGAGACUUUUGCUGACCACCGGGAGGGUAUCUUAAAGACAGCAAAGGUUCUUGUGGAGGACACCAAGGUCCUAGUGCAGAACGCGGCUGGGAGCCAGGAGAGGUUGGCACAAGCUGCUCAGUCCUCAGUGGCCACCAUCACCCGUCUCGCUGAUGUAGUCAAGCUUGGUGCAGCCAGCCUGGGAGCCGAAGACCCAGAAACUCAGGUGGUGCUGAUCAAUGCAGUAAAGGACGUAGCCAAGGCCCUGGGAGACCUCAUCAGUGCAACGAAGGCCGCGGCGGGCAAAGUUGGAGAUGACCCUGCCGUGUGGCAGCUCAAGAACUCUGCCAAGGUGAUGGUGACCAAUGUGACAUCAUUGCUCAAGACAGUGAAGGCUGUGGAAGAUGAGGCCACCAAAGGCACUCGGGCCCUAGAGGCCACCACAGAGCACAUAAGGCAGGAACUGGCGGUCUUCUGUUCCCCAGAGCCACCUGCCAAGACCUCUACCCCUGAAGAUUUUAUCCGAAUGACCAAGGGUAUUACUAUGGCAACAGCCAAAGCUGUUGCUGCUGGCAACUCCUGUCGACAGGAAGAUGUCAUUGCCACAGCCAAUCUGAGCCGACGUGCGAUUGCAGAUAUGCUUCGGGCUUGCAAGGAAGCAGCUUUCCACCCAGAGGUGGCACCUGAUGUGAGGCUUCGAGCCCUGCACUAUGGCCGGGAAUGUGCCAAUGGCUACCUGGAGCUGCUGGACCACGUGCUGCUGACCCUUCAGAAGCCAAACCCAGAACUGAAGCAGCAGUUGACGGGACACUCAAAGCGAGUGGCUGGCUCGGUGACUGAGCUCAUCCAGGCUGCUGAGGCCAUGAAAGGAACAGAGUGGGUGGACCCAGAGGACCCAACUGUUAUUGCUGAGAACGAGCUCCUGGGAGCUGCAGCUGCCAUUGAAGCUGCAGCCAAAAAGCUGGAGCAGCUGAAACCCCGGGCCAAACCCAAGGAGGCAGAUGAGUCCUUGAACUUUGAGGAGCAAAUUCUGGAAGCUGCCAAGUCCAUUGCAGCAGCCACCAGUGCACUAGUAAAAGCUGCAUCGGCAGCCCAGAGGGAGCUGGUGGCUCAGGGAAAGGUGGGCGCCAUCCCAGCCAAUGCAUUGGACGACGGGCAGUGGUCCCAGGGCCUCAUUUCUGCUGCCCGUAUGGUGGCCGCAGCCACCAACAAUCUGUGUGAGGCAGCCAACGCAGCUGUCCAGGGCCAUGCCAGCCAGGAGAAACUCAUCUCCUCAGCCAAGCAGGUAGCUGCCUCCACAGCCCAGCUCCUGGUAGCUUGCAAGGUCAAAGCAGAUCAGGACUCUGAGGCAAUGAAACGGCUUCAGGCUGCUGGCAAUGCAGUGAAGAGGGCCUCAGAUAACUUGGUAAAGGCGGCCCAGAAGGCUGCAGCUUUUGAAGACCAGGAGAAUGAGACAGUGGUGGUGAAGGAGAAAAUGGUCGGGGGCAUUGCCCAGAUUAUCGCAGCACAGGAAGAGAUGCUUCGGAAGGAGCGAGAGCUAGAAGAGGCUCGGAAAAAGCUUGCCCAGAUCCGGCAGCAGCAGUACAAGUUUUUGCCUUCAGAGCUUCGGGAUGAGCAAUAAGGGUGUCCCUUGUAUUUAAAGCAGACCCAGCCCAGAGACUGUGCCUGCCACUACCAAAGCCUCCUGGGCUGUGAGGGCCCAGCCUGCCCAGCCCCAGCACUCCCCAAAGUGCCUGCCAAACCCGGGCCUGGCCCUGCCCAGUCCGCCUGCAGCCCUGUCCUCUCUCUGACUCCAAGUGCCUUCGCACCCCUAAGUGCCUACCCCUCCCAGAGUAUUAACGCCCAUCGCUGCUGUACCUCAGUUUGAACCUGCCAGGCCCAGCUGCUCCAGCC